CAUUAAGGGAUCUUUUUGCUGAUGCAAGAAACCCACAGAGUAGUGGUCUUUUCACAACUAGCUGCUUGUUCGAACUAAUACCGUGCAGAAAGAGACUUUUCGAUACAGUGACCAUGUCAGAAGACGAGAUUUUAUUUGACCCUUCCACGACCAAGAAGAAGAAAAAGAAGAAGAAGCCCUUUAUGCUGGAGGAGGAAGGCGAUGGGCUCGGAGAGGAGUCGCAGCAGGCUGAGCCUCGCGAGGCAGAACCCGAGGCCGGAGAGGAGCGUGAGGUGGAGCUGGAGGAGGAUGACAGCAGAAAGAAAGAGGCGACAGAUGACUUGGAUGAUUUAAAUUUCUUUAAUCAGAAGAAAAAGAAAAAGAAACCCAAGAAAGUGUUUGAGAAUGACCUCGAAGAGGGCAUGAAGGAGCUGAAGAUUGAGGCUGAACAGCAUGAAGUGGUAGAAGACGAUGACCUGGAUCUGAUGUUGCCAGCAAAGAAGAAGAAGGCCAAGAAGGUGGAAUUUGUGGAAGAGGGUGAAACACUCGAGAAAGAUGAUGCUCUAGAGGACGAUGAGGGUAAAAAUCUAGAUGGGAUCACAUUCAGCUCUCAGACUGGCCCGGCUUGGGCGGGCUCAGAGAGGGACUACACAUAUGAUGAGCUGCUGAGUCGAGUCUUUAACAUCAUGAGGGAGAAGAAUCCUGACAUGGUGGCUGGCGAGAAGAGGAAAUUUGUAAUGAAGCCACCUCAGGUGGUCCGCGUUGGAACGAAGAAAACGUCCUUCGUCAACUUCACUGACAUUUGCAAGCUGUUGCAUCGUCAGCCAAAGCAUCUUUUGGCUUUCUUAUUGGCUGAGUUAGGAACAAGUGGCUCCAUAGAUGGAAAUAACCAGCUUGUGAUCAAAGGACGAUUCCAACAAAAACAAAUAGAGAACGUCUUGAGAAGAUAUAUCAAGGAAUACGUGACCUGUCACACCUGUCGCUCACCGGACACCAUCCUGCAGAAGGACACGCGCCUCUACUUCCUGCAGUGCGAGACAUGCCACUCACGCUGCUCUGUGGCCAGCAUCAAGACCGGAUUCCAGGCCGUCACGGGCAAGAGGGCGCAGCUCCGUGCCAAAGCCAACUAAUGAGGCAGCCCCUCCUCUCUGUGCCCCGCCUUUUGCCCCCUUCCAUUUCUGAGCAUACCCUGUACUGCCCCCCUAUGGCCCACUAGGCACCACUGCUGGGCAGAGGGAGGGGCCUCUCACAGUAUCGGACUUCCAGUGUGAGCUGUGGUUGAACAUGCUGAGUGGCUUGUUUGUGAAAUAUUAGAAAAGACAAAAACAUUAAUGUACAGUAUAGGCAGGGAGGCUGGCUGGAGGAGUAGCCAACUUAAUGACUCAUACACACAGUGGUCACACUUUGUUGCCCCUUGGUUGCUCUGAGACAGGUCAUUUAUCAAAAAGGGCAGGUGACCAGUGUAUUUCAUACUUAUAUAUGUUGUGUUUCACACCAGUAGAUAUUGUUUUUUGUUUUUUUUUUCCUGAUCUGAGCUUCGUGCAGAAGCGGUAUCCGUAAUGGUGCCGUGUCCUUCCGGACCAGUGGUUUACGUGCUGCCCUCACUGAUUUUUGCUUUUGAAAUGGAACCAUGUUCCACGUUCCACAUACGUUUAGAUCAAGCUUGCUUUUCAACGAGAGAGGGGGGGGUUCCUCCAUGUCGUGUUUUCCAUUUUAGUUUGUUUGGAAUUGGAAUUCGGUUCUGUGCUACAACUGUACCAUAACCCAGUUUUGUGGUCUGUUGCCUGUGAUGCUUUGACCUGUAGCUGUUUUUAUUGCUCGAUUAACCGUAUUUUGUCAAGAGGCGACUUGAACAUUUAGAUCAUAUCAAAAACAAAAUGUGAGAUUGUUUGGAUAUGUAUGCAAUACGGGGCAGCAAAUAUUCCACGGUGUUGAGGCUGAAAGAUGGGUUUCAUUGUUUAAGAUGUGUUUUUUUUGUUUGUUUGUUUUUUUAAUUAAAGGGUAAAAAAAGGGAA